AUGAUUUAUGGUCAUAUACAUCAAUUUCUUUUGAGAACGAUCGCAAGCCGGGGUGUUAUUUCUAUGACUGAAACAGAGAAAAUUUUGAAUGAAUUUGAAGCAAACAUCCAAGCUUCUGUUCAAGAAUUAGUUAAAGACAUAAAUGAAAAAAUAAAACCAUUUGAGCAAAUGAUUAAGAUAGCUACUGAUGAGUUCACAGUAGAGGAGGUAAUUAUAUUCUUGUCCCUUGGCUAUGAUGAUGCUACUAAAUCUCAGAAUGUAUUUUCUGCAACUGAACUUGAGUACUUUAGAAUUCUGAUAGAACAAAUAAUGACUACAGCGACAAGGCAAAUUACUGGAAUACAUGCAGUCAAUUUAGUUAGCAAGAUGAAAAGCUCUUUCACUAAGAUGGAUGCACAGAAAUUACUCAAUGUUUGGUGUCGUAUGCGCUAUCUGGAUAAGGAUGACACAAACUAUGCUUUGGGGGUGCGAGCGAUCCAUGAAUUUGAGGGCUACCUCCGGCAAAAUAUGCCAGACACAAUUGAAGAAUGUUGUCUUUGUAAGCAGAUUGUAUUUAGGGGCUAUAACUGCCCAGCUUGUGGAUUGGCUGUACACACGCAAUGUCUGAAUCGGUACUUAGAAAAAGUACAGAAAUGGCCAUGCUGCAAGGUUGAGUUUAGCGAAUCACAGUUGGAUCAGUUGAAUUGUGAAGGGUUAACGCAAACUCAACAUUUGGAAGCGACUCAACAAUCUGAAGAAUACAAUACUGUAGUUGAAGCGGUGUGUGAUACAUCAGGAGAUGAGGAUCAAGGGACGCAAGAAAUAAUUCCUGAAAUUUCCCAAAGAAUUACUAGGAAGAGAAAACGGCAGAACGAUUGA